GAUAACAUAUAAAAAAUUUUUGUUGGCUUUAGUUCGAUAUUGUAUUUUUUGUUUAUUUAUACAGCCCUUUAAGUUUAAAAAUUUGUAAAAAUAUAAAAAAUCGCGUGCAAAAAUAGCGUUUUUGAUUUUGCAACAUGGAAUAUAUUGAUGAGUUAAAUUCGUAAGACUUCGAAUACUUUCUCAUUACAAUGUUACGCAUCAACGAAAAAUUCAAUAUCUCCGGAUUAUCAACAUUCCAGAGUGUUGACACCUCUGUCAGAGUGCUCUGCUUUACCAUUACUAUAACAUCACCAUCUCUUUCUUCAAUAUUGACUUCUUAUAAUUCUCUCUCAGUUUCUUGUUUUCGAAUGCCGCGUAGUGUCAAAUACAAGAAUGCAUGAAUAGGUUUACGUUCUCAUUAGUUUUUAACAUAUAAAAUAUAACAGGUGUAAAUGAAACAAUAGAAAAAUGAGUUCUUUGCAACAAGGUAGCAGAUUUUUACCUUUUUCAAAUAAUAAUAUACAAAGGAAGCAACUAUCAAUGCAAGGUGGUCUUCCACAAAGUUUAAGUGGUAGUGAAACUGAUGUUUCAACUUCAAAUGAGAAUCUAACCAAUGAAGAUCGCUAUGUUAUAAGACAUACAGCUCGCCAAGAACCUCAAGGUCAAGAAAAUCAGCAGCAAAGUCCAUCCAGAUCUUCCAGUCAUAAAGAAAAUAUACCAAAUAUACAAGGUAACCUGCUCAACAGAAAUAGUUUAAAGGACAGUUUGAAUGGUUCAAACAGAAACAGUUUAAAAGAGAAUUUAAAUGGUUCUAAUCGAAAUAGUCUUAAAGACAGCAUUAAUGGUUCUAAUAGAAAUAGUUUGAAAGAUAAUUUAAGUAAUCGUACCAGUGUAGGUUCAAAUAGAAGUAGCUUAGAUGUGUCUACAAGCUCCUACAAUACACUUAUAAUACACAAUGCUAAUGAUGAUAAUUCAUGGGUACCAUCUGGAAGGCUAUCAAGUGUAGUGAGAGAACAUGGAGAUAUGGGUUAUUUAUAUUGUGAUGCUGGUGGAAAAGGACAUUCAAAUAGCCCUACUAUGCAAUCUUUAUCAAAUUUAACUCAUGAAGAUCAUAUUUAUGAGCAAUCUAAUAAUGGAGGAUGUCAAGAAAUAACAGAUAUACCAGAUGAUUAUCUCAGUCAAUCGCAGGUAUUAAAACACCUUGCAAAAGAAGUUAAAGUACCAUCUUAUAGUAAGUUAACAAAUAAUGGAGGAAAUAUUGAUAUGAGAAUGAGAGAUGGUGAUAGAGGGAAACAAAAUGAUAGUGAGUCAGAAGAUAGACCACCACCUUCAUAUAUGUCUGUUUUAUUACCUUUAAAAAAUAAAUCUCGACUUCUUGGACCAAUGGAAAAAUUGACAUUAUCAAGAUCACAACCUGACUUGUCUAGAAUUGGCAAACCAGAUAUUGAUAAUUAUAAUUUGCGGGCGACUUCACCACGACCUCAAACAAAAGGAAGGGAAGAGACAGAAUCUGCAACAGGUGAAAUUUGGCCACCAUCAGAAAUGAUACAAAUUGUAAUCCAAGAAAAUAGUGCCUUAAAAUUAGAAUUAGAACGGUGUUAUAACAAAGUUGCUAAAUCUCAAAAGUUGGAACAAGAAAUUGCAAAGGUGCAUAGGGCUCACGAAGAAUUGGCUGCGUCAAGUGAACGAAGAGAGAAACUGGAACGAGCUGCUAGAUUGAGGUUACAAAAUGAUUGUAGACGAUUAACCGAAUUAAAUCGCGCGUUACGAGAUCAAAUAGAUUUAUUAUCAGCACGUACCGAUAGUCCUCCGAUCGUGGAAUCUAUGAGAAAAGAAUUAACGCAACGAGAAUUAUUAAUUGGCCAAUUGAUUACACAAAAUAAAGAACUAGCUGCGGCGAAAGAAAGACAGGAAAUCGAAUUAGCAGCACAAAGAGCAACGUUACAGGAACAACGUACACAUAUAGAUAUUCUAGACACUGCUCUUACUAAUGCACAAGGCAAUGUGGUGCGUCUUGAAGAAGAGUGUCGAAAGAAACAAGUAUAUGUAGAAAGGGUAGGUCAACUUCAACGAGCUUUGUCUUCUCUUCAAGCAUCGAGCGAUAGAAGAGAAGAAACAGAAAGACAGUUGAGAGGUCAAUUAGAACGAGAAUUAAGAGAAGGCGGAGGUGGCGGUGGCGGUGGUGCUAAUGGUAAUGAACAAUCUUCUAAUGGAGAAACAAUCGCAGAGUUAAAACGACGUAUACGCGAAAGAGAUGAAAAAAUUAUGUCACUGGAAGGUGACGUUGCAAAAUGGGAACAACGUUACCUCGAAGAAAGUGCUUUAAGACAAGCAGCAAUUGAUGCAGCUAGUUUACCAAAGGAUGCAAAGAUAGCUGCAUUAGAAAAAACGAGUCAAGAUGCAGAGAAAUUAAUUGCAGAAGCACGAUCCGAAAAAAUGAGACACAUGGAUGAAGUUCAUGCUGCACAAAAAAAAUUGGCUGAUCUUGAAUCUAGAAUGAAAGAUUUAGAAUCAAAAUUAGCUGAAAGGGAUGCAAUGAUUAGAGUUCUUCAAAAACAUACAUAUGAUAAGGAUAGUAGUAGCAGUAGUGGUGUUGGUAGUUAUCCUGCUGCACAUUCGUCUCAUUCAAGUACAUCAGCGGAUCACCACACUGCAUUGACAAGUACACCAGAACUUGGUAAAAAAUUAAGCAGUGUAUUAGGCGGUGGUAGUGGUUAUGGAAGUACUGGUUCGUAUGGUGUUACAGACAGUUACAAAUAUAGGAAACAGGGCAGCUUUGAACAAACAAAUAAAAGUCUUGAUGAUCAAUUAAAAGAACUAGACUCCCAGCUACUUAGUAAGCGGGCACUUUGCUGUUUUCCAGGAUUCUCUAAUCCAGGCACUGCGUCGCGAAAAGGAAAAAUACCCAAGCCAUUAUUGGCGGGUGUAGAUAGCACAGGUACCUCGAGCACCGCCUCGAGCAAGAGUCGCCUAUUAGACGACUCCGGUGGUGAGGUCUCGCCGGGUAUCAUGGAAUUUGCGAGUGCAGCCUCGAGGCUGAAAGGCACUGUAUCGAGAUUAUCAGACGGUAAGCCUGAAGACAUGAUGCUACUGGAGAAGCAGGGCAGAAGUUCGCAGAGGCAGAGAAUGCAAGAGGGCGAGCCACGUCGCGCGGGCAGUCUUCCUCCCAGCUCGUUACCUCGACCACCGAAGAACAUGAAGUCAACGGGCUCACGUUAUUGCAGACUUAGCGACACGGAGACUCGUAAAAAAUCGGAUCCAGGCCCGGCUCUGGACACAUCAGCGAGUAUGAAGGUACGCGACACGAAUAACUGCACCAUCGAGUAUGGAAGAUUCGACACUAAGGCUCAGCGUCGAAAGAAAUCGUCCGGUACGGAACCAUUGGUCGUAAAUAACUCGUUGAAAAAGCCAUCCUCCACGACUAGCCACGAGUACGAGCGUCUUCAAGGCGAAAAUAUUCGCAAGAAACAGCCUGCCAAUUCGGAAACGAAGCACAGGGAAACGCAGAGCCGUUCACUGAUACCGCCACCGUCUCGUCGUAUCGGGGAGUACGGUCGUCUCAGUGAUGGCACAUUGAGAAAGCAGGCUGGUUCACGUGGACAAAGCACCGGGAGCACGGUGAGCAGCAAGAGUGGAGGACGCGAUUCUGGAGGCACGGCUAGCAGCGAGGCAUCCACAUCAUCGUUGCCACCUUUCAAGGCGAGAUCCAUACCUCGCCCGAACAAUUACCGUAUUCAGUUUUAAUUUAUAACGUUUUGGAAUCGAAUUAGUCUUUCCCAUCUAAAGAGACUCCUUCGAAGACAUUAAAGAUGCUUCUCUCCAAGGAGGGUAUAACUUGAGGAACUUGAAGGAUAUCAUUUUCCAUACUUUAUCUUCCAGUUAUGAGAAUUUUUUUUUUUACCAAAUAUUGGUAUACAUGUUUAUUUUAUUGUCUUAAAUUUUCUAUUAUGUUUUUGACGAACGAUGGAAAAUUUUUUUCUAGUGGAUAUUUAAGAAGCACAACAGGAUCGAAUUUGUUGAAUGAUCGAAUGGAAACGAGCGAUAAACGACGAAUAGAAAAUGGGAGGCAGAUGAGUGAUUGAGAAGGGGAAGCAAAAAUCAAAAGCGUGAUCGAUUUCGAGAGCGUCUCUGCUUCGCUCUUCAGCAGUUCGGGUCCUGUCUAGAGUCCUAAUGUACGUAUGUGCGCGAGCGAUACGUUUAUACAGCCAUAAUAUUAAACGAUCCGUUAGUUCCCUUCUAUUUACCAUUAAUAACGGAGAAGCCGAUCGCCAUGACGUAGCGAGAAACAACGAUAUAUCGUUGCGUAGCGAUAGUGCAUGACCUAGUCAUUACCAAAGUAAACUUCUGUAAUGAAAAUGGAAUUGAUUUCCUCUCGUUUCGUACGCAUUUACAUCUAGAAACAUUGCGGCCUUUAUCAAAACAUAUAUACGUAUAAUAUGCGAAAAAGAAGUGCCUUGUUAAAGACUGCGUGAAAAAAAGAGAUGAACAAUCGGUACAAUUAGGAAUAAGAAUACUUAUAUCCGGGAAUUUUCAGAAUUCCGAAAAAAAGAAACACUUGUAUUUUGGAUAAAAUUGAUCGCAUGGCCUUCGAACGGACAUGCUAUAUUUCGUACGUGUAUUUUAUCUUUCCGCAAGAAAGUACCGCAUUUCUACACAUGUUUUAUGAAAAUAUUUUUCCUCCUGUUGGUUUUAUGUAUCUUUAAGAUUGUUUCCUGUUGGAAACGCUAUAAAGAUACCGAGGUAUCCGAUCGGUUUUGCUUUUCGAUAGAAAAGUGAAACUAUGGUAAGGCGAAUCACGAAAGUUCGAUUGCUCCGAUACAAAGCGAAAGAUUCGAUUAUAGUAUAUAUAUACAUAUAUAUAAAUACAUAUGUAUAUAUAUAUAUAUUUUGUAGAAUCAUAUUUUUAUGUGUACAUGUCUCAAUUCAAUUUUUUUGAAUAUUAAUUCACGUCGAAAGAAAUAUAUACAAAUCGUAAUUACGAUGAUUCGAUUAAUUUAAAGUGAUAUAACGACAGUGAAUCGUAAUAUUUAAAAAUAAUAUAUUUCGCGAUAUAAUAGUUUUUCGAGCGUUUCUAUUUCUCGGAAAUAUCGUUCAAUCGGUCGAAAGAUAUCGUACAAUUUUUCCCCUUGUCCCUCCAAGUUUUUUAAUACACUUCGAUGCAAUAAACGAAAUUAUCGUGAUUUCGAUAACAGUUUUUAGGGAGAAUGUUUCUACGUCGUAUUUCUUGUUUUCAGGAUGCUUUUCGAAUGAUCAAGUUUAUAUCUUUUACGCGUAUCAUUGAUGUUACUUGUCGUUAAAUGAUAUAUCAAUCGGAUUAUAUUUUAAAUUUAUGGUAUUAUGAAUUGAUCGAUGAAAAAUCAGAAUGAAGAUAUUGCCAAGUUCAAGUACAUCGUACUUUUUAUGCUUUUAUUUUUCGUAUAUUAAUUGUAAAGAAAAUAUUAUAGAAAAAAAAUUACGAAAGUCACAGAAGCAAUUUUCGUGAUUAGUAUAGGUACCUAUAAGACUGAAAAAAAAUGAAUAUCGACGAAACAAAUUUUCUUCUUUGCGAUUUGCUACCAUGCGUUUUUUCUCCCCUUUUUCAAUUUAUUCUUUUUUUUCUCCUCUUCGCGCGUAUAUGUACACAUUUCCAUCUACAUGUAUUCGUAUACAAGUGGAGUUGGUAAAUGUACAUAAAUUCGUGUACAUUAAAACGUGUAUUGUUCAUGAUACAAGUUCCUCGAAGACUACAGGGACAUUCGUGGUAAAUAUAGCGGAAAUUUCAUUAACAUUUUCUCUUUUUCUCUCUCUCUCUUUCUCUUCUCUCCUCUCUUUGUAAUAUUUUCGUCGAAUGUUACGUGGCUUGUUGAAAGAGAAAAAGAAGCAGAAAGAAUGGAAAAAAAAAAAAGAAAUAGAGGGAAACAAAAUCUCUUUCCUUUUGACGUGUAUAUGUAUUAAAGUCAUUGUUUCCGCAGGGACGUCGGAAAUUUUAGAAUGAAUUGUUUAUUUUUGUCUUAAGCGAAACAAAGAGAGAAAAAUAUAAAAGAAACGAAAAAAUGCGUAGAAUGCCAAAGCAAAUUAUAGGAUGCCGCACACUACGAUUUAUAAUGACAAAUAUGUUUUAAUAUAAUUUUAGCGUAUUUAUUUGUUUUCGUUUUUGUGUUAAUUAUCUAUUUUACGUAUAGGGUGAAUUUUCUAUCAAUUUUUUAUUCCUUUCGCGGACGUUUAAGAAAGGAAUAUUUUCAAUAGCUUCCGUUUAAAACACGCAGUCUUACACGAUGGUAAGAAAAUUUAGAACUGAGCGACGACUGAUAAAAGACUCACCCUUUAUACGUUGGGUGUUCAUUAAGAUAUGGUAUGUUUAGAAAAUGAGAGAUCUCUGGUCUACUUUGCAAGUUUGUAAUGAGAAAUACUAUAUUGAUUCAAUAGUUUUCGAGUUUAAGAAUUGAACGGAUUUCAAAAAGUGACCUGUUACUUCCGGUGGCCUUUAAAAGUAAUAUAAGUAUGUAAUGUAUUUAAAAAGAAAAAAAAACAAAGUUUUUUUAUAAAUUCAAAAUUUUUUUCGCUAUGAAGAUGUUAAAUUUGUAUCGAAACGGAAGUUAAACGCAUAGGACAUUUUUUGUAGCAAUUUGAAAUAAAAAUUUACUUAUGACAAACAA